AUGGCCGAUCCUGAUGAUAUUAUCUCUGCGUCUCUUUCGAAAAGCCAGUUUCAGAGGUUCUGCCUGCCCAAGGUUGAUACAGGAAUCAAUGAGUCCCGGAAAUUUCGGGUCAUAAUUGCAUCAACUGGUCCAAAUGAUGUGUCUCAAGUGCAAGAACUAUUUCUCAGAUUAUCGAAAAACAGCAGAAUAGAAACAAGUGUCAUUAUCGAUGAGUUUUUGCUGGAACAUGACUUUCCAAAGGAUACCACUGUAUUGCGUAACCUAUACUUUCGGAAGUUUGAAUUUAGAGAUAAAGCCUGUGAAGUGGUUGAACUAGCAGAAAUUGAGUUAGCCAGGCAAAGAGCGUACGAACUCUGUCAAUGGGCAGAUCUGAUGAUACUAGCACCCAUCGAUUAUGAUAAUUUGGCCAAAAUGUUAUGUGGUAUUACUGACUGUUUCCUACUAGAAAUACUGCGAGGAUGGAAUAUAUCAAAAAGUAUACUAUUAGCACCUGGAAUGACUAUCUCAAUGUGGGAGAAUCCCAUGACGAAGAAACAGCUAAAAAAAGUUCAAAGAAUUAUGCAAAAAGUUCAAAUAAUAUCCCCAAUAUUGUGGACAUAUGAUGAGAAGUCACCAAGCAAGAAGCUAUUACCGUGGAAUGGAAUGAAUGAAUUCAUUGAGAUUGUGGAAAGCCAAGUGUUAUCAGCUUUAAUGAAAAUUGUAAAUGACACGGAUAUUCUUGCCACCUCGACACCUACUUCAUUCCGAAUAUUUACAAAAUCAAAAGCUUCAUUACCAGCUGAAAUUUGGAGCCUCAUUUUCGAGAGAGUUGGCGAUUGGGAAAUUUCAAAAGCACUUGAUAUCUAUACAAAUGGAUCACUACAUGCGGUCACUAGAAAAGACCAUACUUACAUCUUCCAUCAAAAAAAUCAAACAAAAAUUACAAGAGAUGCCCGAAAAUACCAAGUGGCUGUCGAAACUUUCCGUAAAUUUGAUCAUUAA